CUGCAAACAUGUUCCUCUUUUCCUUUUAGAGACUUCUCCAGGAGUUGCCGAGGUGACGUUUGUAGAAAAGGAGCCAGCUGAACCCCACACUAUCAUUUCAUGGGAGCAAAAAAACUCAUGUAUAUUGCCAGAGGAUUUGAAGAACUUCUAUCUGAUGACUGAUGGCUUCCAGAUGACCUGGAGUGUGAAGACUGAUGGUACUCCAAUGCCCCUGGGCUCCAUGGUGAUUAACAGUGUCUCAAAGCUCUGUCGGCUUGGGGGUUCCUCUAUGUACACUCUGCCUAAUGCACCAACUCUUGCUGACCUGGAAGAUGACACCGAUGAGGAAGGUAAUGAAGACCAACCAGAGAAACCACACUUUGAUUCUCGUAGUCUUAUCUUUGAGCUGGAUCCAUGUGGUGGGAAUGGGAAAGUUUGUCUUGUUUAUAAGCACGCCAAACCAGUUGUCUCCCCAGAAACAGAGAUUUGGUUCCUGGACAGAGCUCUGUAUUGGCAUUUCCUCACCAAAACCUUCACAGCCUACUACCGCCUGCUCAUUACCCACCUGGGUCUCCCGCAGUGGCAGUACGCCUUCACUAGCUACGGGGUGAGCCCCCAGGCCAAGCAAUGGUUUAACAUGUAUAAACCCAUAACCAUCAACACUGCUCUCCUCUCUGAAGAAGCCGAUUCCUUUGUGAACAAGCUGGACCCCGGUAAGGUGUUUAAAAGCAAGAACAAGACUCCAGUGGUCAAAAAGAAACCGCCCUCCCAGCCAGCAGGCUCCCAAAAGAGUCACACGAGCAUGACCUCCUCCAAGACCUCCUCAGUAGCUGGGAAUUCUUCAAGGAAGUGAGCCCCCCAGAUCUGACCCUGGACAGCUUUUGAAAUAAGCUUUGCUGUUC